AAUAAUUUCAGAAAAAAAAAAAAUUAGGUUCUAAUUGCUAUUUUCAGUUCGUGGGAUUUUUUGCAUGAAUUUUCGAAAAAAAAAUUCAGAAAAAUGGAAUAGGGUUUUCUUCUUAAAAUUUUCUAGGUGGAUUUUGUGAUUCAUGGAUUGGGGCUUAUUUGCAAGCGGUUUUGGAAAAUCACGAGUUUGUGGCCGCGUUUUUUUUCCUUUGCAAAUUUCUAAAGAAGGGUUUAUGUUUUUUUUUCCGAUUUUGUGGGCAGCAAGUUGUGCGGAAGUUUUUUUUUUCUGGGCAUUCAUGGGUUCUUCUGAUUGCAGUGUCGGUUUCUUUCCUUCCAACACAAGUUCAUGUUUUUGGCAUGACCUUUUUAUCUCUGGCUACCCAUACCCAUUAACAUCCGCGAUUUUUAACCGCGCAUCUGUGUUUCGACGGGUUUUUUCGCUUAUUUUUCCAAUGGGUCUGUCUUUCUGCACACGACAAUUUAUGCCUCAUCUGCAAUUUUUCACGCUAAAGAUUUCAUUUUGGAGAUUCAAGUUCUUAUUUUGGGUUUUUCGUGAUUUUUGCCCCUUGACAAAAUUAUUAGUGGGUUUUUUAAAAACAUUUUUGAAAAAAAUUAUUUUUAGAUUUUUUAUAAUUUUCUUUAAAAAAAUAUAUUUUGAGAUUUUAUAAUUGUCUUUAAAAAAAUUAUUUUAGGUUUUUAUAAUUUUUUCCUUAGAAAUUAUUUGUGGGUUUUAAUUAUCUUUUCCUUAAAAAUUAUUUUUCCCUUACAAAAUUAUUCUGGGUUUCUGAUUUUUCGCCACAAAAAAUCAUGGGAAGGUUUUGCUUGAUUUUUUCCUCAAAAAUCAGAGUUUUUGCUACAUGAUGUCUGGUAUUUUGCCACACGACGUUUUAGGGUUUUUACGAUUUUUUCCUCAAAAAUUGUUUUGAGGGUUUUCACAAUUUUUUCUUGAAAAAUUGUCCAUUGGUUUUUGUCAAUUUUGUCCUCAAAAAUCAUGAGUUCUCUUUUGGAGGAUUCUUAUUUUCACGGUUUGACGGUUUUUUCCAAAAAAAUCGUGCUUUGUUGCAAUCUAUUUUGGGUCGCACCAAGAGUUGUUGGGGCGAACAUCUGCAACCGCGGUAUCUUGGAGUAUGUUUUGGAGUUGCUGGAUCAAAUAGUGCUCAGUACUCUUCUACAAAAGUUUUUGCAAUUUUUUGCUAAAAUUGUGUUUGUUGCUCUUUGGAGGGUUUGACGAUUUUUUCUCAAAAUCAUGGUUCAAGCUCAAUAAUUCGUGUGACAAUUCUAUAAUUUGCAUGAAGGUUACAUCACUAGGACGAAUUCAGCUAUUCCUGGUCAUUAACUCUUUGCAAAUCCUGGGAAGGUCUCCACAUCAGCAAAGUGUUCUUGUGUUUGUGAUCAAAAGACCUACAGCGUCUUCUGUCAGGAGUGAUUGGGUGUGGUCCAGUCACGGGAGAGAUUUCCCAGACCGUGGACAUUGAUACCGCGGUUGUCGCAGGCCGACCUUGACAUUAUUGAGAGAUGUGGAUUGACUUCUCUCUUGGAUAUGCCUCGGUUCACUGUGAACCAGGGGCUACUGAUAGCACUUGCGGAGAGGUGGCACAGUGAUACGAACACCUUCCAUUUUGCCACGGGAGAGAUGACAGUCACACUAGAGGACUGUUACAGGAUCUUGCACAUCCUUGUAGUAGGGGCACUACUACCCUAUGAGCAGUCAGAGGAAGGUGGUACAGAGGCACUGCGCUGUAUUUUUCAGGAUGAUACCGUCUGCAGCUAUGAGAUCCCAUGGCAGGAGUUUUUGGACCUAGAUUAUGCACCGCUGCCAUCCGUACUAGCAGGUUUCAUUGGUGGAUUCCUUUGUCCUGAUCGCAGGUCAAAGGGAUUCUCAGUGGGAUGGGGGCUGGUUUUGGAGGAGAUGGUCACUCAGGACCGGAGAUUUGCAUGGGGGUCAACUAUGCUAGCCCAUUUAUACAGGGGUCUGCAUGAGGUAGUAUACCUCGGUUACGGCAGUUUGUCAGCUGGCAUGACUUUAUUACAGGUAUGGUGCUGGGAGCACAUUCCAGCAGCGAGGCCACUAGCAGACAGGGACAGGCUCGUAGGAUGUGCAUAUGCCUAUGGAUACAGGGGUCUAGUUGUCCAGUGUAAGCUGGGCAAACUAGAGCAUUGGAGGAGAGUACUGGAUGACAUAGAUACGGUCACCUGACGACCGUAUACAGGAUGUGAGGUGUGGGCCGAGGAUGGGCCAGAGAUGCCCUUUGUAUUUAUGACCAGGUACCUGAUUGGGAGGACCCCGUUCGUUAUAGAGAGGUUUGUGGUUACUCGAGUUUUGAGGCAGUUUGGGCGCCAGUAGGGUAUUCCUCAGGGAGCGUGCCUAUAUGCACGGCGACAGCAGGAUGUAGCGGAUUGGGGGUCGACCAUUGAUAGUGCAGUGGCGGUGGAGGAGUUUGUGGGGUUGGCUGGGCAGAUAUGGGAUUAUGCCCCUGAGAUUCAGGAUGCGGGCAUGACGGAUGAGUUUGCUCGAUUGUUUGCUGCGCGGGCGGUGGCCAGGAUAUCUGAUCCUGAUGAGAUGAGGCCAGCCUUUGAUUCAGAUGAGGAGGAGGGAGACGGGGGAGACGACGGAGAUGAUGGGGAUGAUGGAGGAGGAGGACGAGGGAGAGGAGCCAGAGGUAGGCGGGGAGAUAGAGGGAGGAGAGGGGAUAGAGGUGUGGAUAGAGUAGUGAGACAGGGGAGGAUAGAUAGGGGGAGAGGCGGAUUGGCGAUCGGAGCCAGUGGAGAGGGGAGAGUGGGGGAGGUGUUGGCUGCGGUGGGGGGUGAUGAUGAGCCUAGGCGACCAGCGCAGAGGAGGAGGACGGAUGUACUCCCACCUCCAGCACCGAGGACAGGUUGAUUGGGAGGGGUUCCUCCAGCACAGGUACCACUACGGGUUCGGAUCCCGGGUCAUAUGGAGGAUGCUCAGAUCCGGACCCUACAGGUGACUAUUCAGCAGCUGCAGGCACAGAUUUUGACCUAUCAGCGGCAGAUUUCUCAGUUGACCAUUGAGUGAGAUACCGAGAUAGAGCGGAAGGGACGAGCGGAGGAGGUGGUGUCGAGCAUGCAGAGAGCAGCGACGGGUGGUCCGAUGAGAGACACCCUGAGAGAGCUGGCGUUGAGAGCCCAGGAGGCGGAGUAUUACAGGCGGCACUAUGAGGCUGCAGUACCCAGGGACCGACGAGUACAGAGCUUUGCACAGUCGAGAUCUAGUCGAUCUCGAACUACUGGGUCACGGUCUGAGAGCCGAGGUGUUACAGGGCCACCGAGACAGGACCCUCCUGGGGAUCCAGGGGCGGGUGCAUCUGGAGCCAGACCAUCUCCGUCAGGGGAUAGUCAUACUUGAGAGACAUGGUCUCUGUUGUAUUUUUGAGCAUUGUAUUCUUUGUACUGGACACAGUUUUGGACACAUUUUGUAUAUUUGGAUAAUUUUUGAGAUAUAUAUAGAUA